CCAACUCACGACGCAGAGCCAGUCUUUGCGCCCCCAAACACACGCUCUCUCUAUAUGUCGCUAUCCAACUGUUACAAACGCCUGACUAAGUCCGCAAAAGAUAUACAUACAUGGAGAGACAAGCAACAAGCACCCAAUCUACCAAAUUCUCCUGUGGCUCUCGCAGGUCCCCCAAUUUCUUCCUUCCCUCGAAACAAUCCCCCUUCUCGAUUGCUCCGCGUCUCGAUUUGGUUGUCUGCGAAUAUUACCACCCGAUUCUGUUUGUAUCAUGACGAUCACCAUGCCGGAGAACCAAGGCGGCGGCUCGCCCCUCUCCAUGGCCUUCCGGGGCCGCACCUUCCUCAGCCUGCGCCGCUCCCAGGUGGUGUCCAUGGAGCAGGGCCAGGAGCAGGAGCUCGACCUCUUCCAAACCCAUGUCGCUGACCGCCUCCUCGCUCUCCUGCCACCCUCCAACGUCGGCGGCGGCGGUGAACCGCCGCUCAGCCUUGCCUUCCUGUCGAAGCUGCUCGACGCCCUCAUCGCGUGCGAGGAGGAGUUCCGCUCCCUCCUUGGCCAGAACCACGCCAGCCUGCUGUCCAAACCGCCCGCCGACCGCGCCGUCGCCGACCUCCUCGACCGCGCCGUCAAGUCGCUCGACGUCUGCAACGCCGUCUCCCUCGCCCUCCGCUCCCUCCGCCACUGGCACCGCCACGCCCUCAUCGCUGCCUCCGCCCUCCCCUCCGACCACUGUGGCCAGGGCCAACUCAACCGAGCCCGCAGGGCCCUCGCCAAGCUCCUCGCCUCUGGCCCGGACUCCCCGUCCGCCGCCUCCGGGAGGUAUGACGGCUCCUCCGGCCGCUCCAGCGGCAGCAGCAACCACAUGCGGGCGCUCUCGUGGAGUGUGUCGAGGAACUGGUCCGCGGGCCGGCAGAUGCCACCCGUGCCGGCCCACCUGGCCACCCCACGCGGCGGCGAGGCCGGCGGCGCCGGAAUGGCCCUCGCGGUGUACGCGAUGAGUUCCGUGCUGUCGUUCUCCAUGUGGGUCCUGGCGGCGGCCGUGCCGUGCCAGGACCGAGGCUCGGCGGCGCCGUCGAGCCCGGUAUCGCCGCGGCAGCACCUGCCGUGGGCGGCGGCGAUGGCCGGGCUGCAGGACCGCAUCACGGACGAGUGGCGUAGGCGGAAAGGGUUGGCGGGGCUGCUGGCGGAGAUACAAGGAGUGGAGCAGUGCGGGAAGGAGCUGAUGGAGGCGGUGGGGGAGAGCGGGCCACCGCCGUCGCGGGCGGAGGAUGUGGCGGCGAGGGCGGCAGAGCUGGCGGAAGCGUGCCGGAGGCUAGAGGAAGGGUUGGGACCGCUGGAGCGGCAGGUGAGGGAGGUGUUUCACCGGGUAAUCGGCAACCGGGCGGAGGUGCUCCGCUGCGUGGACCACAGCGCGCGCACCGCCGCCACCACUCCAAAUCCGCCCCUCCUCUCCCAAUAAUAACCAAGAAGGAAAGACAAACGCUAUCUUCUCCUCUUGGAUUCGGGGGUUUUGGUUCAAUACACAACUCCCUUGGCUCUUUCUGUGGAAGAUAGGCAUGUGCAUAUAGGAUUAACAAGAUCAUCAAAUUCUUUUGUUUGGAGCUCGAAGACGGCUUACCAGCAAGAAAAAUAAAUGAUGAUCAUAGUUCAAGCGUGGGACUUGGCAGGGUUAUUUCAUCCAAUGUUUUCUUCUUUAACUAUUAAAUUUGUGUGUCGUAUUAAAAAAUUGGUGGGUCUAGUUUCCAUUUUUGCAUCAGCACAAAGUUUCUGCAUCUCUGUAAAUUUUGCUAGCAAUUUGUUUUAAUUAAUCUGUGGAUACCGUCGUCUA